AUGUCUGACCUCUCCGUCGAGCUCACAGCUCCCAAUGGCAAGAAAUACUCUCAGCCAACAGGCCUCUUCAUCAACAACGAAUGGGUGAAGAGCAGCAACGGCCAGAAGCUUACCUCCAUUAACCCCACCGACGAGACCGAGAUUGUCGAUGUGUAUGCUGCCACUACCGAAGAUGUUGAUACAGCCGUGGCCGCUGCGCGCAAGGCUUUCAAGGAUCCUUCGUGGCGCGACCUCUCACCCACCGACCGAGGCAACAUGAUGAUAAAGCUCUCCGACCUGUGCGACGCAAACAAAGAUAUCCUCGCCACAGUUGAGACUUGGGAUAACGGAAAGAUAUACGGAGACUCACUAGGAGACGUCGCAGAAGUUGCUGGGGUUUUGAAGUACUAUGGAGGCUACGCAGACAAGAUUCACGGACAGGUCAUCGAUACCGGGCCUGCUAAGUUCGCAUACACAAUCAAGGAGCCGGUUGGUGUCUGCGGGCAGAUUAUCCCCUGGAACUAUCCUCUAGCGAUGGCGGCAUGGAAGAUUGGUCCAGCGCUGGCCUGUGGUAAUACGAUUGUCAUGAAGGCUGCGGAGCAGACUCCUCUGAGUAUUCUGGUUUUCGCAAACCUGAUCAAGGAGGCUGGCUUCCCCCCCGGAGUAGUCAACAUCCUCAAUGGCCACGGCCGUGAGGCUGGUGCUGCUAUUGCUACCCACUUGGGCAUUGACAAGGUUGCGUUCACAGGAAGUACUGGCACUGGAAAGGAGAUUAUGAAGAUGGCUGCGAUCAACAUGAAGAAUAUUACUUUGGAGACUGGAGGGAAGUCGCCAUUGCUCGUCUUCGAAGAUGCCGAUUUGGAUCAAGCUGUGAAGUGGGCACAUAUCGGUAUCAUGUCCAAUCAAGGACAAAUUUGCACCGCGACCUCCCGCAUUCUCGUCCAAGAAUCUAUCUACGAUAGCUUCGUUUCCGCCUUCAAGACGCACGUGCAGAAGGUUUCCGUAGUCGGUGACCCAUUCGCCGAGACCACCUUCCAAGGUCCUCAAGUCACCAAUUCUCAAUACGUGCGUAUCCUUGGCUAUGUCCAGGCUGGUAAGGACGAAGGUGCAACUCUCCUGACAGGUGGUGAGGCUUUCACUUCCGGUCCUACACCCGGCAAGGGCUUUUUUAUCACUCCGACAGUCUUCACGGGUGUGAAGCCCAGCAUGAAGAUCUUCAGGGAGGAGGUAUUUGGCCCAUUUGUUGUCAUUGCCAGCUUCAAGACUGAGGAGGAUGCUCUGGAGAUGGCAAACGACACCACGUAUGGUCUUGGAAGUGCUGUGUUCACCCAGGACCUCACUCGUGCUCACCGAGUUGCGAAGAACAUUGAGGCUGGUAUGGUGUGGAUCAACUCGAGCAACGACUCGGAUUACAGAAUUCCGUUUGGUGGUGUGAAGCAGAGCGGUAUUGGACGCGAAUUAGGAGAGGCGGGCUUGGCGGGAUAUACCCAAAUCAAAGCGGUUCACGUUAACAUGGGCAGUAAACUGUAG